AUGAACAAUAACUUUGCAACAGAUACAACUUUUGACGAGCAUAUACACGAAGUAGUUGGAUAUUUAUCAAGGAGUAAAAGUGAGAAUGAGAAGAUGAGCUAUUUAGAUGAAUAUCAAUCAAAGCUGGUCGAUUUAAAUGAUUCUAACAAGAAGACUAUCAUUGAUAAAUUAUUGAGUGAUAUGACAGCUUUGGGUGGUGGAAGUUGGUCAGGUUAG